AUGGGUCAGCGCGUCCCCGACCCGAAGCGCUCCCGUUGUGCCGCGGGCAGUGGUUCUGUCUGGCCGCCCGGCGGGGGUGUCCGGAGCCAGCGCUGCGGGGGCCGGGGAGAGCAGCGGGCAGGGUGGGAGCUGGAGACCGCGACGGAGCUUCGGAUGCUGCCCCUCAGCGAGGUGACAGACCGGCCGACGCAACUGUUCAGCGCGGUCGCUUGCGGCCGCCCCCUGCUGCUGGCGAGCACGCGCGGGCGCGACAAGAAGGAGCAGCUAGUUUGCUGGGAUCUCUGCCUCCUCACGGUGUUGGCACGAACCGAGCUCGUCAACGCCUCCAAGACUUCCAAGGCCAAGGGUGCAUCUUGCUCCAUGGUGCGGGCCCUCCCGCCUCAGGGUGGCGCUGGGGACGAGUGGCGCCUCCUGUCGUUCCAGCAAGAGGGCACGGAUGUCCAGGCGUGGCGCCUCGCGCCUGCGGAGGGCGGCGCGGGCCUGGCGUUCCACCGGCACACGGUGAUGACGCUGCCCCCUGGCCAGCAGGUGCUCGACUGCCACUACUUCGGGUCCGGCUCCCGCCUCAUGUGCUGGACCUCUCGGCACGAGCUCUGGGGCCUGGACGUGGCGCCCGGCGCCGGCGCCGGGCGCGGCCGGGAGGAGCCCGCGGAGCAGGGUGCCCUCGGUGACGAGGAGGAGCCCGUGCGUGGGAAGAUCGCCAAGGUCUUCGGCGACGGCAUCGAGGGCGCCAAGGCCCCGGCCGCGGACACGCCCCCGAAGCUGCUCGCGCUGCCCACCCGCACCACCGCGGCGCAGCAGGCCGGUGUGGUGCCGCGCUUCCUCGACCGCGUGGUGCCCCCGCACAUGCCCAGCCACCAGCUGCCCCCCCCGCCGGUCAUCUGGGCGAGCUUCCUGGCAGUCUUCG